AUGCCUUUCAGCUUCUUCCGCGGGUCCAUAGGCAAACCUGUCCACUUCAGCGACGCUGGAAUCUGGACAUUGACAGAAAAGCUCGACGAGGAAAAUACCCAGCUGAGUGAAGAGGACUAUGAGAUUUUCAAGGACGCUGGUGGUCUUGGAGCAGCUUAUGGAACAUUCCUUGCCACAAAAACCCAUGACAGCAGCACAGAGACUGCACUCAUAAGGGCUUUUCUACAGGUUCCACAUGCUGGAUCUUCAUUCAUGACACCCGAAGAAAGAGCCGACCAAGCCGUCGACAGAAUCGCAAGACUUGCUCGAAUGGAAAUCGAUGCCCUGAUGCAGUUGACAGCCAAUAAUUCUCAAUGCUCCCAGCCCUCCUCAGCAGCACGCCUUCCUGGUGUUCGACUUGACACUUGUUUUUGGGACUACGAUCGGUCUGAACGUGAUGCAAUUCGCAGUGCGUUUCGGACUGCUUGGGAGGAAUCUGUUCGUGCAGGUAUCAUCAACGAGAGCGUAGGUCUUGAGCAUCCUUUAUGGGAUCGGGGUCAUCAGAAAGUCUAUUUUACUGCUUUUCAAUCAUGGUGCCUCGCAGAACCAAUUGAUGUAUGGUGGGAUAUUUUUUGGAUCAUGUGGGGGCUGGCUGAAAAGCCUCGAGGAUAUCGCUUGUCGGAGGAAACUGAGAGAUUUCCUGAUAAAACUUCGUGGAAAUUGUGA